AUGGACGAAAAGACCUCGAAUACUGUUAUCGCCAAUGCCUCUUCCACGGCCUACGGCCACGUCGAGCGGGACCUCAAGGCCCGACAUGUCACAUUCAUCGCACUUGGAGGAAACCUCGGCACAGGAUUGUUUCUGGGUAUUGGACGAGCACUUCGAUACUCCGGCCCUAUAUCACUCUUUCUGGGGUAUGCUAUCGCGAGUACCGUGGGCUUUUUGAUGAUGAUGUCCCUCGGCGAAAUGGCUGCUUGGCUCCCCGUACCUGGUGCUAUUCCACAGUUCUGCGCUAGGUAUGUCGACGAUGCACUUGGAUUCGCAGUUGGCUGGAACACAUGGUUUAAUGCUGUCGUUACACUCUGUGCCGAGAUAGCAGCUGUGUGCAGCAUCAUUCAGUUCUGGUCCGGCGCGGAGGACAUUAAUGUUGCCGUGUGGAUUGUGAUUUGCAUCGUUGCACUUUUGGCUCUCAAUGUUCUUGCUGUCAGUAUCUAUGGAGAGGCUGAAUUUGUGUGCGCUAUCAUCAAACUAUGCGGUAUCAUCGGUCUGCUUCUUGUCGCCCUAUGCAUCGAUCUUGGCGGCGUGCCAACCCAGCCUCGACUGGGUUUCCAUUAUUGGAAGACGCAGGGAAUGAAAGAGUACAUUGCAAAAGGAGCCGAAGGCCGAUUCCUGGGGUUCUUUUACACUCUGGUGAAUGCUUCGUUCUCUCUCGGUGGAAUUGAAACCGUCGUCGUUGCGGCUGGCGAGGCCGAAAAUCCACGACGCAACAUUCCACGGGCAAUCAAGCGUGUCUUCUGGCGACUUCUAUUCUUUUUCGCUUUCGCUUCCCUGGCUCUCGGAUUGAUUUGUCCGAGUAACCACCCGAAGCUUCUUGGUGGAAGUUCAGACUCAAAUGCCGAGUCUCCCUGGGCGAUAGCAGUCAAGGUGGCAGGUAUCAAGGCGCUGCCCUCAAUAGUCAAUGCUUUGAUUCUUAUAGCCGGAAUUUCGGCGGGAAAUUCAUACGCCUUCAUGGGGACCCGGUAUCUUUACGCUCUGGCUCAAAACCGCCAAGCACCACAGAUAUUCCUCCGGUGCACUGGCAAAGGAAUACCUAUCUGGGCUUUGCUUGCGACAAUGUCAAUAUCUGCAUUGACUUUCAUGUCAAUGGGAUCGAGCUCAAGUAUUGUAUUCCAAUGGUUCCAGAACCUGAACACCGUCUCAGCACUGUACACUUGGAUAUCUAUCUGUGUCGCCUAUCUUCGUUUCCAUUCGGCCCUUAAAGCGCAGAACAUUGAUCGUGUUUCCUUACCUUUUUCCUUCCCCCUGCAGCCUUAUUCGACAUACGGUAUACUCACAUAUCUUUGCAUCGUACUCUUUUUCAAUGGGUACAAUUAUAUCGCGGGUGGUUGGAAUACUCCGGGUUUCAUCACAUCCUAUGUUGGAUUUUCUCUUUUCUUCUCCUUCUUUUGGUUUUGGAAGAUCUUCAAGCGCACAAGAUGGAUUCCUUCCAUUGAAGCUGAUCUUUUUACUGGAAAAGCCGAGCUUGAUGCAAUCGAGUGGCCUCAAAAGCAGCCUCGGAAUGUUGUGGAAAAAUUGUGGCUCAAGUUUAUAUAA